UUUUUUUUUUUUUUUUUUUUUUUUUUUUUUUUUUUUUUUUUUUUAAGUCUCUGUGGAAUUGGUCUCGCAAGCGAUCGGGAUUGUUUUUAAUAUGUCAAAAUGGGUCUGCUGACGCCACUCCUGCUCUUCGGAUUUGCGUUUUUACAAGUCUAUGGAUCCCGUCUCCGCCAAGAGGACUUUCCACCACGGAUUGUUGAGCAUCCUUCAGAUGUGAUAGUGUCUAAAGGCGAGCCAACUACUUUGAACUGCAAAGCAGAGGGAAGGCCGACCCCCACCAUCGAGUGGUACAAGGAUGGCGAGCGGGUGGAGACGGACAAGGAUGACCCACGCUCCCACCGGAUGCUGCUGCCCAGCGGAUCUUUAUUUUUCUUACGCAUCGUGCACGGGCGCAGGAGUAAACCUGACGAGGGAAGCUACGUUUGCGUAGCAAGGAACUACCUUGGAGAAGCUGUGAGUCGCAAUGCAUCUCUGGAAGUGGCAUUGCUACGGGAUGACUUCCGCCAGAACCCUACAGAUGUGGUGGUGGCAGCUGGAGAGCCUGCCAUACUGGAGUGCCAGCCGCCUCGAGGGCACCCCGAGCCCACCAUCUACUGGAAGAAGGAUAAAGUUCGCAUUGACGACAGAGAGGAGCGCAUCAGUAUCCGUGGUGGGAAGCUGAUGAUCUCCAACACCAGAAAAAGUGAUGCAGGAAUGUACACAUGUGUGGGGACCAACAUGGUGGGGGAGCGUGACAGCGACCCUGCAGAGCUGACUGUCUUUGAGCGGCCCACGUUUCUCAGGCGACCGAUUAACCAAGUGGUGCUGGAGGAGGAGGCCGUGGAUUUCCGGUGCCAGGUGCAGGGGGAUCCCACACCCACAGUCCGGUGGAAGAAAGAUGAUGCAGACUUACCGAGAGGAAGGUAUGACAUCAAAGACGACUACACCCUGCGCAUCAAGAAAGCCAUGAGCACAGAUGAAGGAACCUACACCUGCAUCGCCGAGAACCGGGUUGGGAAGGUGGAAGCCUCUGCUACGCUCACCGUGCGAGCUCGCCCCGUUGCUCCCCCACAGUUUGUGGUGAGACCACGAGACCAGAUUGUAGCCCAGGGUCGAACUGUGACUUUUCCUUGUGAAACUAAAGGAAAUCCCCAGCCAGCUGUUUUCUGGCAAAAAGAAGGAAGCCAGAACCUACUCUUCCCAAACCAGCCUCUGCAGCCCAACAGCAGAUAUUCUGUGUCACCAACUGGGGACCUCACCAUUACCAACAUCCAGAGGUCUGAUGCAGGCUACUACAUUUGUCAAGCACUGACGGUUGCUGGAAGCAUUUUAGCAAAGGCUCAGCUGGAGGUUACUGAUGUCUUGACAGAUCGGCCUCCGCCCAUCAUCCUUCAGGGCCCCGUCAACCAGACCCUGGCAGUGGAUGGCAUGGCUCUGCUCAAGUGCAAGGCCACCGGCGACCCCCUCCCUGUCAUCAGCUGGCUCAAGGAAGGGUUUACCUUCCUGGGCCGGGACCCUCGGACAUCCAUACAGGACCAGGGGACGCUCCAGAUCAAAGCUCUGCGGCUCUCUGAUACUGGGACUUACACUUGCGUUGCUACAAGUUCCAGUGGGGAGACGUCCUGGAGUGCUGUGCUGGAGGUGACAGAAUCUGGUGGAGCAACAGUCAGUAAAAAUUAUGAUAUAAAUGACCUCCCUGGGCCACCAUCCAAACCUCAGGUCACUGAUGUUACCAAGAACAGUGUCACCCUGUCCUGGCAGCCAGGGACCCCUGGAAGCCUACCAGCUAGUGCAUAUAUCAUUGAGGCUUUUAGUCAGUCUGUGAGCAACAGCUGGCAAACGGUGGCCAACCACGUGAAGAGCACCCUGUACACUGUGCGGGGCCUGCGCCCCAACACCAUCUACCUGUUCAUGGUCAGAGCCAUCAACCCACAGGGCCUGAGCGACCCCAGCCCCAUGUCAGAUCCUGUCCGAACCCAAGAUAUCAGCCCCCCAGCACAAGGUGUGGAUCACAGGCAAGUCCAGAAAGAGCUGGGAGAUGUCAUUGUACGGCUGCACAAUCCUGUUGUGCUGACACCCACGACAGUGCAAGUCACCUGGACGGUGGACCGCCAGUCCCAGUUUAUCCAGGGCUACCGCGUCCUCUAUCGCCAGACCUCGGGCCUGCCUGCCCCAGCCGUGUGGCAGAACCUGGAGGUCAAAGUCCCCACAGAGCGCAGCGCCGUUCUCGUCAGCCUGAAAAAGGGGGUCACCUAUGAAAUUAAGGUUCGCCCUUAUUUCAACGAGUUCCAAGGGAUGGACAGCGAAUCCAAGUCUGCUCGUACCACAGAGGAAGCUCCAAGUGCUCCUCCUCAGUCUGUCACUGUCCUGACAGUUGGAAAUCACAACAGCACAAGCAUCAGCAUCUCCUGGGAUCCUCCCCCUCCAGAUCACCAAAAUGGAGUUAUCCAGGAGUACAAGAUCUGGUGCCUAGGUAAUGAGACUCGCUUUCAUAUCAACAAAACAGUAGAUGCAGCCAUUCGGUCUGUAGUAAUAGGUGGCCUAUAUCCAGGUAUCCAGUACCGCGUGGAAGUUGCUGCAAGCACCAGUGCAGGUGUGGGAGUAAAAAGUGACCCACAACCCAUAAUAAUAGGAGGUCGUAAUGAAGUUGUCAUCACUGAAAAUAACAACAGCAUAACUGAGCAAAUCACUGAUGUGGUGAAGCAGCCUGCCUUUAUAGCUGGCAUUGGUGGUGCAUGUUGGGUCAUUCUCAUGGGUUUCAGCAUCUGGCUGUACUGGCGGAGAAAGAAAAGGAAGGGGCUCAGCAAUUAUGCUGUCACCUUCCAAAGAGGAGAUGGAGGACUGAUGAGCAAUGGAAGUCGACCAGGUCUGUUGAAUGCCAGUGACCCCAGUUAUCCUUGGCUUGCAGACUCUUGGCCUGCCACAAGUCUGCCAGUAAAUAACAGCACUAGUGGACCCAAUGAUCUUGGAAAUUUUGGUCGUGGAGAUGUGCUGCCACCAGUGCCAGGGCAAGGAGAUAAAACCGCUACCAUGCUUUCUGAUGGAGCCAUUUACAGCAGCAUCGACUUCACCACCAAAACCAGUUACAACAGCUCCAGCCAAAUAACACAGGCUACGCCGUAUGCCACCACCCAGAUCCUGCAUUCCAACAGCAUCCACGAGCUGGCUGUCGAUUUACCAGAUCCGCAGUGGAAAAGCUCAAUUCAGCAAAAAAAUGACCUCAUGGGAUUUGGUUACUCUCUCCCAGACCAAGGCAAAGGCAACAAUGCCUUGCUUUACAUCCCUGACUACCGGGUGGCUGAGGGACUGGCUAAUAGAUUGCCACACAACCAGUCACAGGAUUUCAGCACCACCAGCUCCCACAACAGCUCCGAAAGGAGUGGCAGCCUCUCAGGUGGCAAAGGAGGGAAAAAGAAGAAAAACAAAAAUACUGCCAAGCCCCAGAAAAAUAAUGGUUCAACCUGGGCCAGUGUCCCCCUCCCACCCCCUCCUGUGCAGCCACUUCCAGGCACAGAGCUGGAGCACUAUGGGGUGGAUCAGCAAGAAGCAGGAUAUGACAGUGAUGGUUGGUGUCCACCUUUGCCAGUUCAGACCUACCUGCAUCAGGGCAUGGAAGAUGAGCUUGAAGAAGAUGAUGAUCGUGUCCCCACACCUCCUGUCCGAGGAGUAGCUUCAUCUCCUGCCAUCUCCUUUGGGCAACAGUCGACUGCAACUCUCACACCUUCCCCACGAGAGGAGAUGCAGCCAAUGCUUCAAGCUCACCUUGAUGAGUUAACAAGGGCUUACCAGUUUGAUAUAGCAAAGCAGACAUGGCACAUCCAAAGCAAUACACAACCUCCUCAGGCUCCAGUUCCUCCCCUAGGAUACGUAUCUGGAAACCUUAUUUCAGAUUUGGAAACAGAUGUUCCAGAUGACGAUGAUGAUGAGGAUGAUAUUGAAGAAGAAACUGUAGAAAUCAGUAGGCCACUAAGAGGUCUAGAGCAUACUCCAGGCUCCAGUAUGGACAAUCUAGACAGCUCUGUAACAGGUUCAAUGGUAAAUGGAUGGGGUUCUGCGUCUGAUGAGGACCGUAACUUUUCUAGUCGUAGAUCUAGUGUAGGUAGCUCCUCAGAUGACUCCAUCUUUACCAGCGGCACUUUUGCACAAGCACUGGUUGCAGCAGCAGAUAAAGCUGGGUUUAGGCUGGAUGGAACCAGCCUGACAAGAACAGGCAAAGCAUAUUCUUCCUCUCAGAGACCUCGGCCAGGCAGUCCUUUUUCUACUGACAGCAACACGAGUGCAGCUGUCAAUCAGGGUCAGAGGCCAAGGCCCACGAAAAAACACAAGGGCGGACGUUUGGAGCAGCCCCCUCUGCCUCAUCGCCGGGAGGGAAUCACGGACGAUCUUCCACCACCACCCGACCCGCCCCCUGGUCAGGGUUUAAGGCAGCCCAUAGUGCCCGGCCAGCGCGGAGGCUCUGCCGAGAGGAAGGGGAGCUCUCUGGAGAGGCAGCACGCCGCAGCCAACGUAGAUGACACAAAGAGCUCCCUGGACCGGCCCGCUAGGACAUCACUAGAGUGGCAGCGGCAAACCCAGGAGUGGAUAAGCUCUACAGACCGCCAAGAGGAUUUCAGGAAAGCCCAACACAAACAAGCCUUCGGAUCAGAAGAGGCACUCGUACCAUAUAGUAAACCCAACUUCCCAUCCCCUGGUGGCCACAGCUCUUCAGGAACAUCUUCUUCUAAAGGAUCAACUGGACCUAGAAAAGGUGAAGUCUUGCGAGGAGGUCACCAACACAAUGCCAGUGACCUUCUCGAUAUAGGCUAUGUGGGAUCAAACAGUCAAGGACAGUUUACUGGUGAAUUAUAGUAGUUGAGAAGACACAUUGCAAGCUGCUCUGAUGGACCAUCAGGUCUGAACUCAUGGAAGUGAUGACACUAAACAGUGCAAUGAACAUUUUCUUUAUUUAUGUACUAUUAAAAGAACUGUAAAUGCAAUGUAAAGACACACAGCCACACAUAUCCCACAGAUACUUUACUUGUGUUCUUCUCUUUAAUACACCAUCCACCUUAAACUAUUCCUUGUCAGGAGUAUAUAAAAAAAGAAAGAAAAAAAAAAAUCACCCUCCAGGAUUAAAAGGAUUUCCUUCUGUAUAUAAUUUCUUUUGUUGCAUUGCUAUGCAAGCUCACCUUCUUUUUAGCUAUGUUCAUAUUCAUGUCUGUUUUUACUGGUCUGUUGUACUAUAUGUGAAUUAAUAGGCUGUGGUGCCAUAUAUUAACUUUUAAUUGUGUAACUUUUAUGUUUAAAGUUUGCACUGCAAUUUUAUUUGGUGAUAAGCACAAAACUCUACUCCUCAUGACAUGAAGAAAAAAGAGACUGAAUGUGUGAAGAAGGUUUACAUCCUGUAAGCUACUUUGGAUAAUGCUGGAUGUAAAAGAGUAUGUUAGGUGGUUUUCCAUUGGGGUGUAGAAAUGAGAAAGUGACAGGCAGAACUGAUGUCAGUGAAGACAUUAGAGACAGAUUUAAACCUUUUAAAAGCAAGCAACAUAGUUGUUCUUCCUAUUUAAGAAGGGGUCAGAAGUUGGAAGUGUGAGAUUAAUGAGUGAAAAUGAAAACUAAAGGUAGCAUGAGAUGGCCUAGACCCUUUCACUAGUGUGAUACCCUUAGUAUCUGCUUUUAGCCAUCCCAUGCCACUAAGGGGAAGAAAAACAAACCUUGCUACAAAUAAAAGAACUUAAGGUGUUUCACUAAAGCUGUUUUUAUUUUGCAGUUUUAAAAGAAUUAUUACAGUUAAUUUCUCCAGCCCAAAAUAUAGGACAUAGAUUUUCCAGGAGAAACAAACCACAUAAACACAAGGAAUACCUAGUAAGAAGAUAAGAAUGCAAUUUAUUACUAAGACAUUUUCAGGCUGCUUCCAAAAAAUUGAAAUGUCAGAGUAUCUUAUUUCAUCUUUCCAAUACAUGUACAGUACGAUAGAGGAUAAAGCUGCACCACUGAAAUUCAUGACAUUAAUUGUUUUGAUGCAGUCUACACAACCUUUUCUGUUCCAUACCUGAAGUCUGCAAGAGCUGAAGUUGGAUAGUUGUAUGCACUAAAUCUGUAGUAAAAUGUUCAAUUUUUGGAAGGAAAGCAAUGGUCAAAUUAUUUUUGGCUUGCGUUAAGUAUAUUUCUGGCAAUACAAUACAUCCAAAAAGUUGAAUAUAAGCAAAGGAAAUCUUUGACCUGUGUUUUAGUGAGUGGCUUCAAAAUCUACUAUGAUGAGGAAAUAACGCAUGUUUAUACACUUUUUGAAUAAACCAGACUCUGUAAGUGGACAUUAAUGACAGCAUCCUGUCUCUUCAUUAAUUUUCAUGACUUUGUCCAAGUCUUCUUUAUCUCUCAAAUCUCAAAGAAUAAAUUCUCAAGCUUUUCUUAGAAUACUGUGUGUGGCUAACCCACCCAUUACUUUGAUGCUUACUUUAAAUAUUGCAUCUUACAGCUUAUUUCUGUUAGUUAUCUGACCAUGAACACAAGUUUCCAUUGAAUACCCUUUUCAUAUAACCAGUCUAUGUUGUUUUAUAUUUUGCCUUGGAGCUCACCAGUAUUAAGAACACUUUUUGUCAUGGCAGAAUUCUAGAAAAGUAAAUUAUGAUGCUAAAUAUGUGUUGCUUUUCAUUUCAUUAACUUGUUCCAUGAUAAGAUAAAACACGACAGCCAUAACUAUAACUCAGCACUAUUGAAUAUUGAAAAAUCCUAGUUAAGGUUGAGAUGUGUUAUUUAGCAAGUUACAAACAAAAAAAUGUUGAGGAAAGAAAGUAUGAAUUUAUUUACCUAUGUGAUCAAUGAGUAUAUGCCAUUUUCCUGCUUGUUAAAACACUAUAGUUAAAAACAUAACUUAAAAAUGUGCAAAAAUGUUCAAGUAAGAUAAAGAAUGCAGCAUAAUAACAUGUGCAUGGUUUUUAUUUUGGUAUAUACCAUAUGAAGAGAAGAAUAUUCAGAGUACAAUUCAAAUUUAAUUCUCUGGAAAAUGUUUAACUCAGUCACGGAUAGUUGUUUUUACCCCGUAUAAUUCAAAAGCUUGUGCUGAGCUUUGGUGGAACACCUUAGUCACUCCGUUCUAUUCAAAAUUCAGUAUCAUUAGAGGUUGAUAAAGCCAUUCCAAUUACUUUCAAAUAUGUGUUUUAUCUCUUCCACUGGAAAGUAAAUGUGUGUCAGUAUUAAAGCUGUUCAGUACCAUGAUAUUCACUAACUUGUCCAUCUGCUUCUGUACAUUUUUGUUCAUUAAUAAUUUGCUUACAAUAUUACAUAAGAUGUUGUUGUGUAUGGCAAAGUGUCUCCAUUAUCUUACAGGUGAUGUCUCUUCUUUUUUUUUCCUCUCUCUUUUCUAUACAGUGUACUUCCAAUGAACCACAGUACAUAUUUUUUAAAAUGCCAUUUAAUUUACUAUUUUAAAAGAAGUAUUCUUCUUUUUUUAAGGAAAAUGAAAACAUUUAUUGUGAAUAAUGUGUUUAAAGAAAAGGGAUGUUGUGGCAGCACUUAGAAUUGUUUUUUAAUUUGUUUUUUUUAAAACUGUUUAUUGGCUACAGUUUGUUCACAAAAAAGUAUGACCUCUUAAUGUGUUUCAUUGGUAUUGUUAGUGCAGCAAAGUUUAAUUGGCAUAAGAAGUUGGUUAAUAGUACUGUUGAAGUGUGUAUUGUAUAUUUACUGGGGAAAAAUAAAACAUAUUCACAUUUCAAAUCUAUGUUAAAAGACCUUGAGUAAGGAGUCAAUAUGUGAAAACCCAAACAGGGAAAAUCAGGCAAUAAUAACAUAGACUGAGCUAUAAUCAUCACUGUCCACUUACAGGUGACAAGGAACAUUUUAUACACUGUUUUUUGAACUAAGCUACGAGCCAGUGGUAAACAUUGCCUGUCCUAGGGGUUUCUUUUUAAUGUCCUGUCUCUCCUGGAACAGUUGUACCUCUGUAAUUACACUGAUACAGCUAUUCCAGUGAAUAUUCUGCUUGUGUUCUCUCAGUGUGGGGCAAGCACUGAGGAGGAACAGCUGGCUCUGCCUAAAGCCCACAGAGCAGUGGAUGUGUAAAACCUGGUCUGAACCCUCAGACCUGGGGUUUGGUACUGGUGGAGCUACUGCCUACCCAGUACAGAAUACCCCACAAUUUAUGGAUAGGUCAAUUUUUCUUGAUCUUUGUGCUGAAUACAUGCUCAAUUUUAAAUGCAGCAGGGCUGAAGGACCAAAUAGUGAAUUGUUCCAUGUGCUUCAGUGGUGUAUUGCUGUAUGGGCAGCCAUUUCAGUGAUGCAAGGAACAGACAUUUCCUAUUUUGAUUUUUUUUCUCCUUUAUUUCGCAAGUACAUACCCAAGUCAGUAAACCUUUAGAAUACCUUUUGGUUGUCACCUGAAAUGCAACAGAAACACCAUUCCUUGGGAAAAGUACUAAAGAUAAGGUGCAUGGAAUGUUUUUAAGUAUAUUAAUUUAACUGCACUGUGCAAAAGGAAGACAUGACUGUUUGAAAUAAUUAUAUGCUGGUUUAUGCUUGCCUCAGCCCAUGCAUUGCCAGCCAUGAGAAGAGGUGUAUACUGAGGCUGAGAAAGAGUCCUCACAACUGAAAGAGGAAAGGGAAUAGGGGUGGGGGAGAUUUUGGCAGGAACUUCAAUUUAAAAAAGAAAAAAUUACAGACAGCUCCUUUGGCUUGUCUACAAUUUAUGCAGUUUGGGGUUUUUUUUAUGGUUAAUGGCCUUGUGGAGUUUUAGCAGGGGAACUAGAAAGAAAAAAAGUUGACCUUUUGUAAAGAUUGGGGGGUACUUGUUUGCUGAGGGAGGAUUUUUUAAUUUAAUUUUUAAUUUUUUAACACAUGUUUUGUGUUCCUAUGUAUCUGGAACACAUUAGCUAAAAAAUAAAUUCUUUUUGAAAACCAUGUGGGGAGAGGACAAUUCAUUUAGGAGGCAAAUUCAAAUAGCAGGAAAAAGGGAAAAAGUAAUACUGAAAUAAGUAACACAUACUAGUUUAGAAACAGCCAAGUCCGCCACAGUUUCACAUGCAAUUUUGAGCAAUACAAUAUGUAUAAACUUCAUUGCUUUUGCUUUCCAUACCAAAACAAAUUACCAAAGUCCAUAGGAGGCCUAGAUCCUUGGGACACUAAAUCUGGUGCUUUGUUUUAAAUAUGUGGUUAAUCCAAGCUGGUGAGAGUGGAGAAUGCUCAGGGUCGUACAGCCCUGGCUGCUCAGACCCCAGGAAGUCUCCAGCAGAGAAGCCCUCGUGGCCUCACGCUCAGUGGGUUUCAGUGGAUCCCAGGCAAGUCAGCACAUAAAGGAAGGUCACUUCUCUGAGGAUGGAGGUUUCAGGGCAGGGAAGGUCUUCAGUGCCUGUGGCACCACGGGGGUUUGCAUUGAGCUCACCUAGGCGUGUCUCACAUUUUGGGACUGCCUUCCCCCAGUUCUUUCUCAGUGCUUUCCUGCUGUGGUCUGUGCACUCAGUGCUGAUGCUGUUCCCUGGAUCUGAGGUGUCUGGCAUGGGAGCUGCAAGAGCAGAAGAGCAGUGAAGGUGCUCUGCAUGCAUUCAGUGGCUGAAUAUAUGGAUAAAAGCUUUAUUAAUUCAGGGGAACCGGGGACACAGGAGAGCAGUGGCACCAGACAUCUGCUCUGCUGUGUCCACCUCGUUUCCCUCUUCCCUUCAGGACUGACCUCUUUCCUACCAGCACUCCUCCACAGAUACAAGUCACAGAUAUCUCAUGGGUCCCACAGGAGAUGUAGGGCCAUGCCUACGUGCACAGUGGACUGGUUAUUUGGGGAGAAGUAGCUCUGAGUUCCACAGCUGGUGAGAGGACUUGAUUCCUCUUUGGCAUGACUGUAUUUAACUGUGUAACUACAUCCAGGAAUACCUGAGCGGAAAAUAAGUUCCUAGAGCAGAGCUCAGCAUUGCAGCAUCUCUUCUGGUAUGUGGCUCUUUAUUCAGUCUGUUGUAGGCAGUCCUGAGUUCACUGCUGAAUUCUCACCACAUCCUGAGCACUCAGAUGGUUUAUGCUGCACUCUUAGUGAGGUUGUUCCUCUUGCUGUAGGAGAAUGGGAAAAAAAAACAAUCAAAAACCAAAAAAUGCUCAAACUUAAACCUUUCACUUAAACACAAAGCUUUUAAAACAAUGCUCAAAAAUCAUAGAAAACAGCAUUUCAGAUGUAUGUUUGACAACUUUUUUUUCUUGGUAUUUUGAUUUGGCUACCAUUGAAAUGAUCCAUUUGGGUUUUUUUCAGAGCUGUAACACUGUCCCUGCACCAAUCCCCCUCCCCCCCACCCUCCAUCCCUUGCAUUUUCCAGUACUUUCGUCUGUAAAGAAGUUAUGGUAAAGAAUAAUGGCAUUUGUGUACUUACAUUGUUCUAACUUUAAGCAACAAGGUGCACAGUUGCAUUCAGUUCAAUUGAUCAAAGCCAGAUGGGCACAAAAUGUUUGUGGGGUUUUUCCUAAAAAGGCCUGCUAUUUGUGCUGAUAUUUGUUCCCCAUUCAUGCUGAUCAGUGCAUCUUUUGCCUUCAAGGAUGCCAUUAGUAAGUCUCCUUUGUGUUCAAAAACAGGAAUCCAUUGUGCAGCACUUGGAGAGCCACUCGGAUGCAGGUAAAGAAUAUAACAGCUUGAGCAAGUGCUAAUUAGAACCAAUUAAAGUUAAUUGACCUCCUUUGGCAGUAAAAUACAUAAUGGAGCUUGCUCUGUCCUUGCAAAAUGGAGAUCUUGUCUCUAAGCAUAAGAGUGAAGCAGGGUUUCAUGUAGCAGCCCGUAGUAAUUAUGUGGGCAUAACAACCAGGAAGCUGCUUGCUACAAUUUGUUCUAAUAACUGAGCUCUACUGUAUCAGGGCAAUGCAAUAAAAGUGAGAUUUCUUCUCCAGUCUAUUUAAAAACCUGAUUUUUACAGAGCAAAUGAGCAUCCCAAGAUACCGAUACUAAUCUCUAGGAAUGAGUUGGCAGAAAAAUAGAGUCCCUUUUAUAGGUAAGUAAUGGUGUGAGCAUAAAAACAGGCAGUUUUACGCCUGCUGGUUGGCAAUAGCCCUGAUGCUCAGAGGUUGCAUCUAUCCUGGACAGUGGGGGAAGCUCUGGCAGGCCUGCACUGGUGCUCUGUCUGGGUGAAAGAUCUGCCCACAGUUCAGAGGGGCUCCCCACUGAACCUUGCCAUGAGGUUGCCUUUGGCAGACUUCUGUUGGAAAAGGGGCGCUGGCAUCCAUCCAGCUGAGGUCUGUGGUGCUGCAGGACUACACCACUGCCAUGGGCAACACUGUGGACAUGGUCAGAGGUACCCAAAAAAAAAAGAGAAAGAGCAGGGGAAAGAGUGAAGGGUAGGAAAUGCAAAAUUGUAGGAAUCCAAAAGCAUCAGUGGUGGGUGCUAAACUAUACAUCGCUGUGAAAAGUUGAAAAGCCAUUUUUAUUAGUAAACCAGAAUUGAUCCAGUUUCCAUGACCAUGCUUUGAUGACUUUUUGCUUGGCAGGAACUGAAUGCGACUGAUUUUGCUGCUAACUUGGCCUUACUAUGAACAGCAAUAAAGGUGUUAGUCAGGUGGGGACUUUGAUGUGACCAGUAACAUCACUCUCCCUUCAGGGAAUGUUCUGUGCUGGCUUGUUAAUGAAUUUCUUUCCUAAUGAGUAUCAUUAAAAACCCUUUGAUUA